GCUUCGUGCGACAGAAUGAACGGCUACGGCUCGCCGUACCUGUACAUGGGGGCUCCGGUGUCUCAGCCCCGGGCUCCGCUGCAGAGGACCCCCAAAUGCGCGCGGUGCCGGAACCACGGCGUGCUGUCGUGGCUCAAAGGUCACAAGCGCUACUGCCGCUUCAAGGACUGCACCUGCGAGAAGUGCAUCCUCAUCAUCGAGCGGCAGCGCGUCAUGGCGGCGCAGGUGGCGCUCCGGAGGCAGCAGGCCAACGAGAGCCUGGAGAGCCUCAUCCCGGAGUCGCUCAGAGUGCUGCCCGGCAUCGGCAUACCCGGGGCCGGCGAGGGGAACCAGGGAACCCCGCCGAGUUCAGAGGAGCUGGAGCUGCGCUGGAGCAGCACGGAGCCGGUGCAGGCCGGAGCCCAAACGUGCACAGAGCCCUCAGAGGACGGUCCCGAUGAGGGGUCGGGAGGUGAGAACGGGGGGAGCUCCAGCGAGAAGGAGCAGGACCCGGUCAGCUCCCCAGAGGGCUCCAAACCAAACUCCUGCUACGCCCCGGAGUCUCCAGAAACCCCCUCCCACCCGGAGGAGAGCCGCUACAGCCUCGCCAAAGCCGGCAGCACCGAGAAGGAAGCCAAAGCCGAGAGCCCUCGUAAGUAUCCCGUCAGCCCCGGAGAGCAGACCGUGGUGAUCGAAGGCCUCGCCGGCUCCAUCAACCUGCCCUUCAGCCUCCGAGCCAACCGGCCGCCGCUGGAGGUCCUCAAGAAGAUCUUCCCCGCUCACAAACCUCCCGUCCUGGAGCUCAUCCUCAGGGGCUGCGGGGGGGAUCUGGUGGGUGCCAUCGAGGUGCUGAUGUCCAGCCGGAGUCCGGACGGGAGCGCGCACACGCACGCCGACGCGCACCCGGACGCCCUGGUGCUGCCCUCAAACGGACACCUGUUCGAGCACACGCUGGGCUCCUACCACCCGGUGUCGUCCUCCGCCAAGUGGUCGGUGGGCUCUGCUUUCCGGGUGCCCGAGUCCCUCCGGUUCGCGUCCGACUCCGCCUCGGGCGUGGUGUCCACGGGCCCGCUGGGUGUCCCCCUGCAGCACCCAUCCUUCCCGCAGCCCACGCGCUACCCGCUCAUGCUGCGCAACUCUCUGACGCGCAGCCAGGCCAGUCCCUUCGUGCACAACGACGUGACUCUGUGGAAUACCAUGGCUCUGCAGCAGCAGUACCAGCUCCGAUCAGCUGCCCAGUACGUGUCUCCUUUCUCCCCCGCAGCCCCCGGCGGCCCAGGGGGAUCCGUGUUCCGCAGCUCCCCGGUCCUCCCCUCCAGGUCCUCCGAGGAGCAGCGCAUCAGCAUCCAGGAGGAGAGCUGCGCGCUGGGGCCCAAGCCCGGCCUCUACUCCCCCGAUGAGGAGUACGAGGAGCGCUCUGACUCGGCAGACUCCCGCAUCCUGAACUCAUCCGCCUAGAAUGAAUGCUGAUGAUGGACUAGCGCAGCAGGGGAGAACCAAAAGCGUAUUAUUCUGAAAGGACA